AUUUUCAACGAGUAAUUAUUCAAUUAAUUUUCAAUUUGAAUCUUUGAAUACCAAAUUCAAAAUGCGCGCUAAAAGAGUUUGAAAACUAGGCAGACGAAAGACGAAACCACGGAGAGUCGGAAACCAGUUCACCAGUGGUUAUUCUCAAUUUCAUAAAAAAUUCUUUGUUAUCAAAUAAUCAAAAAUCAAAACAACGACAUGAACAACCCAACGAUAUCGAUUUUAUAAUUACAGACUUUCACUUUUCAUGGUUGUGGUUGUGUUCUUGUCGAAUAAGUUUAGAAUAAGCUGAAACAAUAAAGUUCUCAUAAAAGUUUUCAAUAAUAAGUAAAAAAAAUUUGUAAGUUACAAAAACAUCCAUGGAUCUGUAGAUGGUUCAUAUUGAGGAAAACAAAAUUAUGUGUGAGCAUUCAUAGUACCUAGAUAUAAUAAUACGCGCAAACGUCAUGUUGAAGUUAUUUGCCUCUUGUAAUUUACUCUCCACUCAGAGGAUAUUUCGAAAUUUAGGAAUCACAGCUGUUAGAACAGUGGCCAACGGGCAAGAAACAAUAGAGGCUGUGGUGUGUAAAGACUCCGACGUGCCUGAUAAUGGCAUGAAAGAAUUUCCAUUUGGCCCGGAUGGCGAUAAAAUUUUAUUAGUGAAACAACAAGGAAAAUUGUACGGACUUGGUACAAAAUGUUCCCAUUAUGGAGUUCCUCUCGUGAACGGAGCUUUAGGAAAAGGACGAAUCCGAUGUCCGGCUCAUGGAGCGUGUUUCAACGUAUCUACAGGUGAUAUUGAAGAAGCCCCUGGCCUGGAUGGAAUCCCUUGUUUUCAGGUUCAAACUUUGGCAAAUGGUGAUGUAGUCGUAUGUGCUGCCAAAUCAGCUUUAAAAACACCGAAAAAAGUAAAACCGAUGGUGCGCAAGAGUUGUAAUUUGAAACAAACUUACGUAGUUGUUGGAGCAGGUGCUGCUGGAUCUUCGUGCGCUGAAGUGUUAAGACAAGAAGGCUUCAAAGGAAGAAUCGUUGUCAUCGGAGAAGAGAAACAUUUACCUUAUGAUCGUGUAAAAAGCAAUAAGGCAAUGGAUAUGGAUGUCAAUAAGAUUAUUCUCAGAGAGAAAGAAUUUUAUGAUUCGAACGAUAUCGAAAUGAUGAAUGGCGAAAGAGUUACCAAGUUAGACACUAAUAGUAAAAUAGUUUCUACCGACUCCGGUAAAGAGUUUCCUUACGAUAAAGUAUUCAUUGGUGUCGGAGUUAAACCUCGCCGACCAACGUUCAUACCAAAUCACGAAUUGGAAAAUAUUUUCACAAUUCGAAACAUCGAUGACGGUAACCUAGUCGAUUCCAAAUUGGGACCAUUAGUCAAAGUUGUUAUAAUCGGAUCAUCUUUCAUUGCCAUGGAAUCGGCAGCCUAUUGCGCCCCCAAAGUAGCCAGAGUUACAGUAAUCGGUAGGAGCUCCGUACCAUUUUCGGACACUCUCGGAGAAGAAGUAGGCGAUCGAUUCAAGAGAUACUUUGAAUCAAGAGGAGUUUCCUAUAGAAAUAACUCAAAUGUUGUCCGAUUUGAAGGAGAAAAUGACAAAUUAACUCAAGUAGUCUUAAAUACUGGCGAGGUGAUACCUGCGGAUAUCUGCAUCGUCGGUAUCGGAUCCGAAUACGAUACAGGUUUUCUGAAGGACACUGGUGUCACUUUAACUAAGAACGGCGCUAUUGAAGUUAACGAAUAUUUACAAACAAACCUCGAUGGUGUUUUUGCUGGUGGUGACACGUGUAACGCCCCGGUUCAUGGAUCGAAAAAUGUUAAAGCGAGCAUUGGUCAUUGGCAGUUGGCUCAACAUCAUGGCAGAAUCGCUGCUCUGAAUAUGCUAGGAAAACAAGAACCGAUAAGAUCUGUACCAUUCUUCUUUUCGGCUAUGUUUUCUUUCAACUUGCGAUACUCGGGUUAUGGGCAUGGUUUUACCGAAGCUAUUACUGUUGGUGACCUAGAAAAUUUCAAAUUCGUAACGUAUUAUUUAAAAGACGACGAAGUGAUCGCAGCCACGUCUAUUGGAGCUGAUCCUAUUGUCGCUAAAGUUGCCGAGGUGCUUCAUAGCGGCAAAAAAAUCGUUAAAGAGGGAGUACAUAAAAACCAAUGGCUUUCAAAGUACGACUCGAAAGUUUUUUCGUAAACGUUGAAGUGGUGUGAUUUAUACGUAGAUCGUAUUCGAAACUAUUUAACGUGAAUUUCAACGCACGUACCUACAAUCAAUAAUGAGCUUAUAAUGCUCGAAUACUUGAUAGCAUUUUUUAAAAACUACUGUACUUAAGAUACUGUUAAUUUCACUCUUACCCCCAUUUUUCAUAUUGUUUUCUAUUAUUAGUAUUGAAUUGUUCGAAGAUUGUUGUUUUAAUUUUUUCGUACUUAAUUAUAAUAUUAUACUGAUUAAAGCAAGUUUCACGCAAA